CCGUGACCUGUCCUGCACAUCAACAAGGGGCGAGGGUGUAGCAGAGUCGUAAAAGGGCGACACUCGACUGCGACGACAAGCGCGACGACGUUCCCCUCUCUUAGUUUGCUUUUCUUCCCGCCGACACCGCCUACCGCUACCGCCCAAGAGGUUCCGUCGCGACCGCCUUUUUGUCUCCAAAACUAUAAUCGCUCGAUCCAGUUUUCAAUCUCGUCGCCGCCUUUGUACGUUGCUCUUGGAGGCUGUUGUACCUGUACACACGUCUUGGAUGAUAGGGCAGCAUCUGUUGGAGUUAGCAUUUGCGCAUCGCUCUACCUCCUACGCGUCCUGAAAGCGGCGGUCGUCUGCUUGUAUCCAACCACCUAGUUGCGCCCUCACUUGCGCCCUAGACAUGCCCCGAAGGAUUACCAACCCUUUUUCCUCCUCCUCCUCUUCCUCCACUAUGCCGAACCCUGACAGGGCCGCCGAGCGAAGGCCGUCUCUGUCCAAAGCCACCCGCAUCGCCCAGUUCUUCUCUUCGCCCAAGAGCAAGGAUCAGCUCUCGGAAAAGCAGGCCCUCCAGGCCAUGCAACAGAACCAGGGCGCCGGUACGGCGACAAGCAUUUUGUCGCUGCCCUCCAUUUCACUCUCCGAGGACCUCAACAGCCAUGAGUCCACCACUCUUUUCCAGCCCCCCUCCCUCGAGGAAACGCUCAAGCGCCAACGCGCCGAGGCCCAGUUCGGUCCUCUGAACAGCCAGAGCCACCGCUACAUUAGCACACACGAUGGCAGCACUCUCGAGCCGCCCGUUGAAGACGAGCCCCCAUAUUAUUACGUCCUCACUACUUAUCUCAGCUACCUUAUCCUAAUAUUCUUCGGUCACGCCCGCGACUUUUUCGGCAAGAGAUUCGGCGACCAGAACCACUACAAGGCACUCCGGGCUCAGAACGGCUACGCACCCCUGAACGACGAUUUCGACAACUUCUACGUUCGCAGACUCAAGAUGCGCAUCGACGACUGCUUCGCCAGACCCACCACUGGCGUCCCUGGCCGCUACAUCACUCUCCUUGACCGCAAGUCUGAUGACUUCAAUCGCAACUACCAGUACACCGGUACCUGCACCGAGACCCUGAACAUGAGCUCGUACAACUAUCUUGGUUUCGCCCAGUCCGUUGGCCCUUGCGCCGAUGCCGUUGAGGAGUGCGUUCGCAAGUAUGGCCUCAGCGCCUGCAGCCCUCGCGCGGAUACUGGUACUUCUGAUCUCGCUCUCGAGGUUGAACGCGAAAUUGCAAAGUUCGUUGGCAAGCCCGCUGCCAUGGUUUUCUCGAUGGGCUUCGUCACCAACGCUGGUUCCUUCCCUGCGCUCGUCUCCAAGGGUGAUCUCAUCAUUUCCGAUGAGCUCAACCACGCCUCCAUUCGUAUCGGUGCCCGUUUGUCUGGAGCGGUCAUCAAGUCGUUCAAGCACAACAAUAUGGAGGAUCUCGAGAAGCUGCUUCGUGAGGCUAUUGCCCAGGGUCAGCCCCGCACUCACCGCCCCUGGAAGAAGAUCCUUGUCGCUAUCGAAGGUCUCUACUCGAUGGAGGGAACCAUGUGCGAUCUGCCCGGUAUUUUGGCUCUCAAGAAGAAGUACAAGUUCUUCCUCUACAUCGAUGAGGCUCACAGUAUCGGUGCUGUUGGUGCCAACGGCCGUGGUGUCUGCGAUUACUUCAAUGUCGAUCCUGCUGAAGUUGAUAUUCUCAUGGGAACUUUGACCAAGUCUUUCGGUGCUAAUGGCGGUUACGUUGCGGCCGAGAAGCACAUCAUCGAUAAGCUCAAGGCUACCAAUGCCGCUACCCUCCUUGGUGAAUCGCCUGCUCCUGCUGUUCUGAUGCAGAUUCUCGCUUCGCUCAAGAUUAUUGAGGGUGAGCUUGUUCCCGGUCAAGGCGAGGAGCGUCUUCAGCGCAUUGCCUUCAACUCUCGCUAUCUCCGUCUCGGUCUCAAGCGUCUUGGCUUCAUUGUUUACGGCCACGACGACUCCCCUAUCAUUCCCGUCAUGCUUUACAACCCCGGCAAGAUUUCUGCUUUUAGCCACGAAAUGCUGAAGCGCAAGAUCGCGGUCGUCGUUGUUGGAUAUCCCGCUACACCUCUCAUCAGCUCUCGUGCCCGCUUCUGCGUAUCAGCUGCACACAACAAGGACGAUCUUGAUCGCCUCCUUGCUGCCUGCGACGAAGUGGGUGACAUUCUCCAGAUCAAGUUCUCUACCGGUGUCGCGGGAGGUCUCGAACCCUUGCCUGCAGGUGUUACCCCCGAGAUGGAGAAGGAGUACAUUAAGGCUAAGGGCCAGGCUCUCAUCAAGCCACCUAGGUGGAAGCUGGAGGACGUCAUUGCACGUGGUGUCGAGGACGCCAAGCGGACACUGAGGUAAAAUGCUCGUUGGACGAUUGUGUGUGGUAGCGCCUGGCACUCACUUGAAAGGGCCGGUGCAAUUGUAUAUAUAGUACUAGGCGGCUAGGGCACGCUAACCAUGUGCCUCCUCUUGGGAAUCUUCUUUGCCCUUUGGGCAUCAUGAGGAUGUCGAUUGACAUCUCUCUUUUCUUUCCUGCUAUCGGCAGGAUUUUCAUGGUUUUAAUGAGGGUAUGCCAGGGAUGGGCCUAAUGUUUAAAACGUUCAAGAGAAAGCAAUGGGACGGAAGCCGAAUGAGCAAAGCAUGGCCUAUUGCAAAGGUUUGCUCAUUUAAUAUGAUAUCAGCUUUGGAGUUGGGUUGGUUAGGGUGAUCAACUGUACGAAAAUGAAUGUGCACAAGGGGGUCUUAAUGACGCACAAAGCAAUAGACCACUAUAAAGGAAAGAUCCUUCAAUGUAAAAACAUAUCACAAUGAAUCAUU